UAGCUAUCCAGCUACGUAACUGAACAGUGACAGCAACGUUGUCAACAUCCGUAUUGCAAAAUGGCGGAGCGUAGAGAAGAUCAAGAGAGUGAUGAUGACACAUAUGAAGUAGUCGACCUGACCGACUAUGCCAGGCGCCAUCAGUGGUGGAGCCGUGUGUUCGGGAACAACUCAGGGCCAAUUGCAGAGAAGUACUCGGUGGCCACCCAAAUCAUGAUGGGUGGAGUGACUGGCUGGUGUGCUGGAUAUCUCUUUCAGAGGGUUGGGAAGAUUGCAGCCACAGCUGUUGGUGGAGGAUUUCUUUUAUUGCAGAUUGCAAAUCACAGUGGAUAUGUGCAAGUUGACUGGAAGAAAGUUGAAAAGGAUGUGAAUAAAGCAAAGAAACAUCUGAAGAAGAAAGCUAACAAAGCAGCACCUGAAAUAAACUCAUUUAUUGAAGAGUCUACAGAGUUUGUAAAGAGAAACAUUGUCCUCUCCAGUGGAUUUGUGGGCGGUUUCUUGCUUGGACUGGCAUCCUAAAGUCGCCGUCGAGCCUACAAGGAGUAUCUGCUGUACACCGGAGGUUGUAAUAACUGUGAAGUAUUUUCUCCUAUCCUGCUGCAGGAGAAACGGGGAGAUGGGUGUCCUGUGAAGCAGCAGGGAUGGAAUGCAGAUGUACAUUUACAGCUGUGCAGGCUGCUGAAAUACUAUCCCCCUGUAUACUGUGCCUCUAUAGCCAGCCACCCCCGGCAGGUGUCGCAACACGACUGACAUACUGUACAUAGGACAGGCUUCACUCCUCACGUUACAUUCUGAUCUUUGUGUUUUAGCUUGUUAUUUAUUAGACAUGUCUAUAGAAACCACACAAUCAUAUCAUUUAAAAUCGUCUAAUGUGCUGAAUAGGAAACACCACAUUUUCAUGAUGUGUCCUGUUGGCUAUAAAGAUAUACCAGAAUGCUCGGUAGUGAGUUAAUUUUUGGUUCUUAUGAUUAAUUUUUUGCCUUUUUAACAGUGCAAUAUUCCUUAGUGUACAGUGUAAUGUAUUUGUUUCUACGCUUGCACAAAUACCAAAUAACACUUUUUUCUGUUAUUACUGUGUGUGUGUUUUUUUUUAAUGUGUACAAGUUAAAUAAAUGUCCUCAGAACCGGUA